AUUUUCAUUUGUUUUUCAAGAGACGACUUGGUCACUCCCAGAUUGCCUGAAGCACCAAAUCUCCGAACGCCAUUUCCACCAUGUCGGUAAAAACUGUGAAAGUCAGCGAUGUCUCUCUAGGAGCAACUGAGCGAGACAUCAAGGAGUUCUUUUCCUUUUCCGGUGAUAUUGAAUAUGUUGAAAUGCAGAGCAACGAUGAACGAUCUCAAAUUGCAUAUGUUACCUUCAAGGAUACACAGGGAGCAGAGACUGCUGUGCUUCUUUCGGGAGCAACAAUAGUUGAUUUGUCCGUCAUUAUUACUCUGGCUCCUGAUUACCAGCUUCCUCCUGCUGCUUUAGCACCUCCUUCAACUGAAAAUAAAGCUCCAGGUGGUGCUGAAUCUGUUUUGCGGAAGACAGAGGAUGUUGUUACCACCAUGCUUGCCAAGGGCUUCACAUUAGGCAAAGAUGCAGUCAACAAGGCAAAAACCUUUGAUGAGAAGCACCAGUUAACUUCAACAGCUUCAGCUAAGGUAGUAUCUUUGGAUAAAAAAAUUGGCCUCACUGAGAAAAUAACUGCCGGUACUACUGUCGUUGGUGACAAAGUCCGAGAAGUGGAUCAGAAAUUUCAGGUUUCUGAGAAAACCAAAUCAGCAUUUGCAGCUGCUGAACAAAAGGUCAGUAGUGCAGGAUCUGCCAUAAUGAACAACAGGUACGUGUUUACUGGGGCUGCAUGGGUAACAGGUGCUUUCAGUAAGGUUGCAAAGGCAGCAGGGGAUGUUGGCCAGAAGGCAAAAGAAAAGGUGGGGGUGGCUGAAGAGGAAAGGAAGCAAAAAGUGGUCGAUGACUUUGCUAAGGUUCAUCUCUCCGAGUCCCCUAAAAAGGAACCUGCACCACAAAGUGAACAGCUGCCUUCAAAGCCAGAACCUGCUCAAGGUUUGAUUCUCUGAUUAGCUACUUCUGUAAAUACCCAUGACUCUUUAUCUCUUGAUUACACACCGUGUUGUUCCAGUUUGGACAUGUUUGGACAUGGAUGAAUGUAAUACAGGGUUCCACCAAAUUACUAUAAUGCACUUUAUACUAUUAAACUAUUUGUUAUACU